UAACUUCCAUGGUAUUUUUUUUAUCUGCACUGUUUCUUUCUUUCUAUCUUUUGCAUCAGUAACUUCUGUUUUUUUUUAAUUUAUUUUUUUAUCUGCACCGUUUCUUUUUUUAUUUGCAUCAGUAACUUUCGUUGUGGUUUCUCUCUUUUAAAAAAAAAAUAUAUAUAUAUAUUUUUUUUAUUAUUAUUUAUUUAUUUUUUAUUUGCAGCAGUGGCGGCUCUCGGCCACCGUAGGUUCGUACACUAGUGUUUUCUUGUCCUCCUCCCACAGAAACACUCUGUGGUGAUGUUUGUGGGAAAUCUGCAGGUUGCAUACACAGUCACAGUCACACCCUCUCAGCCCCGCGCGUGUGUGUGUGUGUGUGUGUGUGUGUGUGUGUUUAAGUGUUGUCCAGCCCCCCUGCCCCUCUCUGGGGUCGUCAGUUCGGCCCCCUCUCUCCUCUCAUUGGUCUCCUCAGUUUCUCCUUCAUGACUUCUUCUCGGGUUUUCGUCGACAGAAGCUCCAGAGAAACGUGGUCGGUCAGAAGUUGUUGAAGUAUCAGAGCAGACUCUCUCCUCACAGACAGAUCUGUGAGUUUAUUACAGAUUAUCCUCUGAAGACAAAAACAGGAGACACUGUGGGUUAGGCUUCUUCUCACAGAGGGACGCGCAGAGCCGGACUGCAGGAACCUUCAGUCCUCUCCUGGACUGUCAGCAUGGUAAGUCCUCCUCUCUGACUCUUCAGUACCCUCUCCAGUCCUCCUGUGUCUCUGUCUGUCCGGACUGUUUCUCUCUGAACUUCUUGGUCCGUUAUUAAUGAAACUUGACGGUCUGACUUUAAUCUCCUCUGAACAGCUGAUUUCCUGCACAGCAGCAGAACUUAUCAUGAAGUUUCACACAUGAGGUUAUCAGUCUUUCUGCCAGGAGACUUCUGUAUCAAAAACAUGCAAUAAAAACACAGCAGCAGUAUAAUAAAGUAGACACACAGCUGCACAGUAAAGCUGAGAGAGUUGUAGAUUUAUUCUCUGAGUAUAAAUGCAGCUGAUCAUUCCUCCACUGUAAGAUUAUUGUGAAGAUCUAACCUGAUCACCUCUCUGUCCUCGAACACUGAAUAUCAGAGACACUGAGUCCCAAACUCAGACAGUAUUAUUUCACUAUUUCACCUAAAAUCAUCUUAAACCAUAAAAACACAAACACACACGUGACAGAUUAAAAUACGACAGGAGGAGUUUUUAACGGAAAUAAGAAUAAAGAGAGAGAGUGUGUUCAUGAUUGAUGGCUGCACAGGUUAUGUAAUAGUUGUGUGUGUGUGUGUGUGUGUGUGUGUGUGUGUGUGUGUGUGUGUGUGUGUGUGUGUGUGUGUGUGUGUGUGUGUGUGUGUGCGUGUACAUGUCGUUGGCCCGUCUCCCUGCUGUAUUUAAUGUUUGCAGAUCUCUGUUACUGAAACCUGUUUCUUUAGUGUGAGAUCAAAUAUAAAACAGAUCUGAAGUAGGCUGGGCGAUAUGUGAAAACUUAAAUCACGAUUAUAGAUGGGAACUGAUAAGAUUUUCUCGAUAUCGAUGCCAUUAUUGAUUCUGCUUAUCGAUUCAAUUCUUUAACGAUUCCCUUAUCAAUGCCUUUCUUUGAGUUAUAAAAAAAAAGUAAAUAAAAAUUUUUCAACGUUAACUCAAAAAUUUUAAUGGGUCUCUGAUAACUAAAAAUAAUCAAACAACAAACUGUUAGUACAGCGUUUACUUCAUUCGGUAUUAAGUCAAAUUAGAGAGACCAUAUCCUGGAUCCUCAAAAUGAGGACAUUACUAAGCGGAGUCAAACCUUUGAGGGUUUUUUGGGUCGGGUCGAGUGUUUUAGACGUGUUUCUAACUCAGUCAGUCCAAGUCUAGCAUGUAUUGUGCUUAUGUAAACACAGGACAUAUGUACCUUCCAUGCUGUUUCUGAGAUGGAACAGCAGCGGCUGACGACCAGAAGAAAGGAAUCAUUAAAGGAAUCGUUAAGAUGAAAUGAAAACGAUGUCAAUGAUUGAACCAUUUAGAACCACUCAGCAGUUCUUUUGAACGAAUCGUUCAUGAACGACACAAACACUAAUGGUUUGGUAUUCCCCGACUUUGUGAGAACAUGUCCUCGACAUAAUUUACAGUCCACAUUACUCUGCUUCAUGUCCGACCUCCAAAAACCAAAAUACCUCCACACCACCGACGUUUUCCUAACGCCAGUGUUGUGGUUGACAUUGAUGUGGUCAUCUGUUGAGCCUUCAUGGUCAUUUCUGUCGGGGGUAGCACUCAUUUUCUUUGUUUCUCACCAACAGUGCUGUCGGCUUCACCUGUUAAAGUGCUAUGGUUGGGUGGAGCUGCUGUCUGCUACGACGCAGCAGUUGGUUGAUACUUGGUUCUAAUUCAGAACAUGAUUGGUUCAGACCCGGAGACACUCCCCUUUUCAUUGGCUGUUCGUAUAGUCGACCAAAACAUGGAAGAACGCAGACUAUCGAAAAGGACAUUGACCAUGUUUGAUAUAUAUCAUUAUCGUUUUAUUGCUCAGCCCUAAUCUGAGGUUCUAACUCUCAUUAUGAAAGGUGUGAUUGUUGGGUUUCCUCUGUGGCUCACACACAGAUGUAGUCCAGUCCUGUUUCGGUUGAUCACCUCCUACAGAGAAAAAAAAACUGGCUCUCUCUCAAAGGUGACGUAUGUCGGUGUGGAUCUGCGUUUGUGAGAGGCUCUUUAUUCCGAGUGUUUAUGGAGGUCUGGAGUGUCUGUAAGCAGGAGCGGGGUGUUAGAGCGUCUUUAAAACAUCUGUAUGUAAACUCAUAAAACCGCUCCAUACAUGCUGUGUGUAUAUAUAUGUGUGUGUAUAUGUGUGUGUGUGUGAUUCUGACUGAUGACUCUUUGUGGUUUAAGGGAGGAUACAAACUGUUGGGUAACAGCUCUGACACACAGAUCUGUAGGUUUGGGGGCAGGAAGAACAAAAACAUCUUUAGUUUAUCUCUGAGAAACACUUCCUGUCACAGCCGCCGCCGCCGCCAAAGUACCGCUUUGGUACUUUAGAGAAACCUGAAUGUGGUCUGAGGAUCGGAGACAUAAAUAAGUGACAUUUACUAGUUUACAUGUUCAGAUCUCUUUAGAGCUCCUGUGAGGAGGUUUUUGACAUGAAACCGACUUAAAUCCAUGUUGAUGCUUUUUCAUGAUAAGACCAUUAUCUGAAGACUGACUCGUUUUAUAGAGUGACUUUGAACGCCUCCAACCAGAAUCAGAGGGCAGGUGUUUAUUUGUCAGGAGAUACGACUAAGAGACAAAAUAAAGAGACUGUUUUUAUUGAUGCUGAAAGUUUCUCUGGAGUUUGAAGAUGUUCGAUCAUCAUCGUAUUUAUUUAUUUUUAAAUGUUCUGAACUGAAAUACAAACUGAGUUUUCAUGUCUUUACUGUGAAAUAUUUUCCUCUGCACAAACUCAGACUCUGUUUUGAUUUCACUACCUGGAGAUAAAACUCUCCGACUGCAGUUAUUUAUAGUUUUAUCUGAUAUCAUGAAUGUGUACUCGUAGUACAAAUACACGGCAGUAUUUACGGUGUAAAUACAGAGUAAAGUAAACAGGCAUCUUUGUGAAGACAAGCGUUAGAUGACAUGUUUUAUUUAACGUGUGUGAGUGGAAUAGAAAAAAUAAGAGUCCUGUGUGUGUGUGUGUGUGUGUGUGUGUGUGUGUAUACACUCUAUGAAGGGGGCUCUGGGGUAGGAAGUUAAAUCCGGGUUAUCUAAGUAUAGAAAAGACUGAAAUAGUCGGGUAGGCCACCUUUACUGAAGGGGACAGGACCUGAAGUGUUUCCAGCUCCACAGCAGUUCAAGUGUUCAAGUCAGAUCUGUGAUCAAUACAUCAGAGUGGAAAAACAAUAAAUUAUUUUUUCUUCCUAUCGAUCUAAAAGUGAGUUUAUUAUGAUGUUUGUAAAGUUAACCUUACUCAGUGUAAAGUCGUAGAAAAGUGGCUGAUAUAAACUCAGAAAACUAAUACAGCUGGUGUUGGGUUCAUUAAAACUCGAUCAUUAAUUGUUGAUCACUUUUCUGAUCAAACAGCUGAUUAUUGGUUUAUCAGAGAUGUGAGACCUCCACUCCUGACUCCAUCAGUCUUUAAAACAUUGAAAUAAACUUUAGUACCCCCCGUUUCUCUCUCCUGCUACUACUUUAUAUCCACCACAUGGUCUGCCGGACCACCUCAGCACCGCCCAGAGAGUGGACCAAUGUGAACCUAACACCUCCCGCAGGGUUCCCCCACCCACUCCACCCACAUGUCACCCAAGACCCUUCCUCCUCCUUCACUGGGGGGUCUGCCUACUGGCUGCUGCUCCCCCCCUAUCAUGAAUAUUUUUGUCUCUCUGCAUGUGUCAAUGUUUUUUUCUGGAGUCACCUGACUCAUCUGGACGUGCGUCUCGUCCUUCUCUGGGUUACACCUCCUGUAAUUUUCCGUUCUCUCCAGCUGAUAGCGGCGCUGAAACCACAAAUCAUCCAGAUGGGUCGUAUCUGAAAGACGGCUGGACCUCGCUUUGGCCGUUUUGGAUCUUGUCCACUUCUCUGAGUUUAUGUUGUCGGUGAUGUGAUGCUCAUGGAGGAGUGAAACCUGACUUUAGGUUAUUUUCAGCCUCACUGUACUUGGCCUCAGCCGUGAUUUACAAUCAAACCAGUCAGUAUAGACAGAGAAGUUAAUGUGGAGAGACGAUUGUAAGUUAGUUCAGAUCAUUUUAGAGAAUUUCAAAGACAAAAGUGAAAAAGAAAAGACGUUUAAAUACAAAACUACAACUAAAACGAAACAAACAGACAUCAGAAUCAGAGAUACUUUAAUAAUCCUCAGGGGGAAAUUGCUCAAAGUGAAUAAAACAAAUACAAUUAAAAUGAAUACAGCAGCAGCUUUACUGUUGAGUUUGCAUUAGUUUUAAUGACCGACCACAGCUCUGCUUUAGCUGUCUGAGAGCGAGACUAAAAAUACAACUGAAAGCUCUGCCUUCAGGUUAGAUACAUCAUUUCCUGUUUUGUUAAAGCCACUUAAACUCAGAGUCUGAACUUGUGGUAAAAUGUUCACACAAAGUUAAUGAAGGCGGAUUCGUCCUCGGUCACACAUUUGUAGGUUUGGAGAAGUUGUUGGUCGAGCAGCAGCUGCGACUGUGUAGCAACAGUUGUUGUUCUCAUAUGAACCUAAUGUAAACGGAGAUGUGUCAGUGUGCAUGUGUAAUUAAAGCACAUAGUGUAGGGUAUCUCUGGCGCUUUGUCAGUGGGCGGAGCUAAGACUGAUAAAGUUAUAGUCUGCAGGAAUGACCAUAACUGUGCGUUAGUUAAACAGCUUUAAUAGACAGAAAUAGAAAUUUUAUUACACUUGUUCCCAAUAGGUGGCGCUAUAACUGUUAUUACAGUUGAUAAUAGAGGGCGCUGUUCUCAGAGUGGCUUCACCCAGAGAGGAGGCAGACGGCGUCCAUUCUAGAUACAGUCUAUGGUGCUGAGCAGAGGACCCGACAGUGUCCCCCUAACAUCCUCAGAGCGGUUCUGAUGACUUCAGAAUUCGUAGGAAGGUUCGGUGAUGUCACAGAUGUUCCCGGACUGUUCCAGUAUGUUUACAAAUGUCCAAAAUUUUCUAAAACGUUCCGGAAUGUUCUUGAUCUUUUAGAAUGUCUUUGAUUUUACAGAAUGUUAUUGAUCUUUUAGAAUGUCUUUGAUGUUACUGAAUGUUUGGUGAUAUUCUAGAAAAUGGGUGUCAAAGUCAAAUGGACGGAGGGCCAAAUAAAAAAUUUAGCUACAAGCCGAGGGCCGGACUGAUCGAAUGUUCAUUGAAAACUUUUUAAAUGACCCAUAUAGUCUAGUGAACCUAAUUGAACCUACUGAAAACCUAACAAAUAUAUUCCAAUAUGAUCAGAUAAAUAAAGCUAUAUUUUCUUAUGGCUCUGUCAGUAAUCUUUAAUUUUCAACAGACACAAAAGACAAAUUUCCAGUAGUGUUGUACGCUUCGGCCAGAGAGUCAUUGUGAUGACGCUCGCUCAAACAGCGUAUCCCUCGGGUGAGCACCAUCCUUGUACACCCAUGGCUGUAUCAGGUGUCAAUCAUAGGAAACAGUCUAUGCUCUGAUGGCUGUAAAUCACUAAAAAUGACUCCUGUUGGAUUUUUGUAGGUCUUAGCAUCACAAACAUAUAUUAUAUUGUGUAUAUAUAUAUAUAUAUAUAUAUAUAUAUAUAUAUGCAUGCCCAAUGUCAGAAAUGUAGUUGGAAGUGACCUCUAUAUGGACCCCUUUUUGGGGGUCCAAUGAAGCCACGUUGGACCCACUCGCACAAGACCCAUUAGAUAUUAAAGUUUUAUCACCAGACCUGCUGUGUGUGCAGCGUUUGGUGAAUUUUGGGGUCCUGUUUAAGACCCCGAGUGAGAGAUUUAUUGUGUAAAUGAAAGAAUCCUAAUCCUCAGGGUCUCCUCACUAGUUUAAAUGCUGUAUGUGAAUAUCUCAGAAUAAAUGGUUGAAUAAUAGCUCAGGUAGUAGAAGAACUUUUGAUUCCAUGAAACCUCCAGGAUAAAAAUGUUUGACUUCUGGAUUCUAGUUCACAGGAUUCUGUCCGGUUCUGAGAGUCUCAGCGGACCAGAACCAGCCUGUUUAUUUAAGGACCGCAGCCUGAGUUAUGGCACACGUGUGUUAAAGCUGUGUUUACAGACAGCAGAGUUUCCAACACACCUUUUCCUCUCACCUCUCGGCGGUCUCGGUUCUGUCCCAUCGGGUUUCUUCACAUGUGGUCGUAGAGCGCGGUGGUUUCUGGGAGAUGAGAGGUUUGGCUCAGUGGGUUAGAGGAAUGUGAAACGGACAUACGAACGCCGGCAUCAUUCACAUGUCUCUGUGUGGUCAUGACCUUUCUUACCUUACUUAUUUUUCUGAACGUGCUUGACUGAAAUAUUUACCCCUCCUCAGAGAACACGUCAGAACUCAUGUGGACUCGAACUGUAAGUUUUUGUCUCCUUGUUUUCUCGUUUUACUUCUUUGUCUUUCUGUCAGACGGAGAAACCGCCGCUGGACAGCAGCGAGGACAGGGCCUGGCUCGGCGAAGGCCACUCUGAGACUCAGCUCGCUGACGUGAACGGGGCGGAUGAAGCUGGUGACGACCGGCCAGCAUGGGACUCUAAGAUCCAGUAUGUGUUGGCCCAGGUGGGCUUCAGCGUGGGCUUAGGGAAUGUGUGGAGGUUCCCCUACCUCUGUCACCAGAAUGGAGGAGGUGGGUGUGUCUUUAAGGAGGGGCUGUUAUAUUUUAACAACAAAUAUGAAGUUAGAGUGAAGUGCGGCCAUAUUUCUUUAUUCUUUUUUAUUUUUAUCAGGCAGAAAUAAAAUGAGUCCGAUCACAGUCACACAUCUGUGCCAAACAAACAAACAUUCCCAAUCAGACCAACAUCUUCUCCCGUCUAUUACUCUCCCUUGUUUGAUGUUUCUUCUUCCAUCCAAAUUCAGCUCGGUGAAUUUGUGUUUUUCCGCUGUAAUUUACAGAAAUCUUCCCAUUCUUCCUCAGAUAGGACCAAAUCUCCCUCCUUUCCCAUCAACAUUUAAUAUGAAGGAUGUUGGAAUUCGAGAGUCUUGAAAACUUUUAUAAAAUCUAGAUCUUAAUUUCUUUCCACUCCCAGAUUUAUAAAUUGAUCAAUUGUCAAGAUUGAAUGUAAUCGAUGUCUCACUUGAAGAUAUCUGAAAAAAACAUAUUCCUUUUUGAGAUUAUCCGAACUCUUCACUGACCCGUCGUCCAGGAAGCAGCAAUAAACCAUAAGACCUUUUUCCAUCCAUAUUUUAAUCGACUGUCUGUCCUAUUUGGAAUAAAAUUCAUGUCUUAUGUAAACCAACCUAAUAUUUCACCUGCACCCUUUCAAUUGUAUUUCUUCACUAUUUUGCACUCUCUGGUUUUUAGUCUUGUUUUUAUCCAGGGGUUGUUUUCAUUUGUAAGACUGUCCUAAGUGUCCUCAAGUAGCAUGCAACAGUGGAGGAGUCCUCUAGAGAGCUUGACUCUGUUAUAAAAGGCCUUAAAAAGCUGAAAUCAAGUGUUUCUGAGGUUUUCAGAGGAACUCCUCUGAGCUCAUUAAAAGAGUUUUUUCUUCAACUUUAAUCAAAGUUAAUAAAAGGAUUCUGUAAAAACUGAGAAUGAGCGGAAUAACCCUUUAAAAAAAAGAUGUUUGAUUUACGAUCAAACUUGAAUGAAGAUAGAGGACGUCAGCUUUUUUUAAAGGAUUAAAUAUGAUAAUCAGAGUGGCAGAGGUCUAUUGAUCGAUCAGUUUUUAUCUCUCUCUCUCUCUCUCUGUCUCUCUCUCUCUCUCCAUGUAGGGGCGUUCAUGCUGCUCUAUGUUUUCCUCCUGCUGAUUGUCGGUGUUCCUCUGUUUUUCAUGGAGCUGGCGGCCGGCCAGAGUAUCCGCCAGGGAAGCAUCGGCGUUUGGAAACACAUCUCCCCAAAGCUGGCCGGGAUCGGCUAUUCCAGCUGCAUUGUGAGGCUUCGCUUCGUUUCACGUUGGUUCUGUUGGAUUUUCUCCAUUUGGACCGAAAAGUUCUUCUUCUCUCCGUUCUGUUCAAGUUUAAAGGGAGGAGGCAGGAAAAUCAGUCUUUCUGCCUUUUUUAUUUGGAGUAUCUAAACUUGGAGCAGUCCUCCGGAGAGAAGGGUUGAUGUUUUCUCACACAUGUCAGCAGAGCGAUUAACUGGAACUCAGAGUAUCCCUGUGAGGGCGGCGGUGGCGGCGGUGGCGGUGGUGGCGGUUUGGUAGUUGCUGCUGCUGUUUCAUGGUCAGGUUUCAGAGAUCAUAAAUGCUCUGAUUUAAGAAUAAAAACAUUUUUACACUCGUAUUUCCACCUUCAGCUGCUCCAUUAAUCAGAAAAAAAGACGUCCACGUUACACAACUCUCUGAACAACUGUGUUUUACGAGCGGCCGUGCUCCUGUGUGUGUGUUUAGUUAAGACAGGGCGAUGAUGACAUCCUGCCAUGCUGUAAUGUGAGAGAGGCAGCGCGCUUACUGCUGCCAGUGUGUCGUUGCAAAACAGUUUUUCAGCCGAGGGGACGAGGCAAACUCAGAGUGGACAAGAACUUUCUGUGCACACACACGGCAAACAGACGUACACUUGUCCUCUCAGGUGUUUUUUUUAGACCUGUUUCUUUGCCUAAAGGCCGCGCCGCUCUGCUGGUCCCAGUUAAUGACUGAGUCUCAAUUUGUAACUCAACAUUUCCCAUCAAGCUUUGCAUCGUCAAACAUUUUAGUUUUCCAUGCAUUCAUUUAAAAAAAAAAAAGCUUUCUGACCUUGAAUAAACUUUUAUCUUCACCAUCAUCGCUCGGUGCAGCACAGGCUCCGCCCUCUCUGUGAAGUAAAUCCUUCGUCACCUCUCUGUUUCCGCCCAGGUCUGUUUUUACGUGGGACUCUACUACAACGUGAUCAUCGCCUGGAGUUUGUUCUACAUGGGGAACUCUUUCCAGUACCCUCUGCCGUGGGAGCAGUGUCCGAUCGAUGUGACCACCAACGACACAGGUACUGACCCGGCUGUGACGCUGAUCCAAAUAAGACCAUGUGAGCGAUACUUAGACGUGUUUGUCCUGAAUCGACAGUGAAGGAGUGUGCCGGCUCCUCCCCGACGUCGUAUUUCUGGUUCCGUAAAGCGCUGAACAUCACCAACUCCAUCGAAGAAUCAGGAGAGUUCAACUCCAUCAUGACGGGCUGUCUGCUGGCCGCCUGGACCAUCGUGUCGCUGGCUAUGAUUAAGGGCAUCAAGUCCUCGGCCAAGGUAAAGUCGACUCCACGUCUACUUAAAUGGACUCACUUCCUGACAGUCCACCACGGCUCCGCCCCAAACAUGAAACCCCUCCCUGUUUCUUCUCUCCAAACCUCAGGUCAUGUACUUCUCCUCGGUCUUUCCCUACGUGGUGCUCUUUAUCUUCCUCAUCCGAGGGUUGAUGUUGGACGGGGCGAUCGAUGGGAUCACCUUCAUGUUUUACCCCAAAGUAAGAAUCAUGAGUUUAUUAAACGUCAUUUUUUACAGACUGACUGAGACCUCAUUUCGUGGUUUUGUUGUUGUUUCUCAGCUGGAGAUCUGGGGUAACGUUCAGGUGUGGCGUCAGGCUGCGACUCAGGUCUUCUUCGCCCUCGGACUGGGCUACGGCUCCGUUAUCGCGUAUUCCUCCUACAACCCGGUCCACAACAACUGCCACCGAGACGCUCUGAUGGUCUCCGGCAUCAACUUCAUGACCUCCGUCCUGGCCUCAAUGGUGGUUUUUGUGGUGCUGGGUUUCCGGGCCAAGAACAUCGCUGAGCGCUGCGUGGCGGAGUACGACUGUGUGGUUAUGAACAUUACGACACAAAUAUAAACAUAUAGGCACAAUAAAUACCUGAACACCAGCUCAUUUUUAGCUGAUUCACAGUGAGUGAAGUCGUUCAGUUUUCUCCCGUCAUCUUCUUCCAUUUUUCCGUAUUUCGUGCAGAAAUCUCGGUCUUCUAAACCUCAUGAUGUCUCAGGAAUCAAACCAGCCACUGGUCAAACUGGGAUGGCCUUGGAUCAGCACCACAGAUCCCAGCACCGUCGCUCUGGCUGACUACAGACAGUGGUACAGUCAGCACAGCUCCAUGAUGGGUCCAAACAUCACUGACUGCAGUCUGGAGGAGGAGAUGAAUAAGGUACCUCUGAAAUCCACCAUCUUUGACCGUCUCUCUUUAGAAUCCAGAUCCAGAUCAGGUGGUUUGAAAGUGGACGGUUUGUGACUCCCCUCCAGAUAAAAACAGACACGAGGCGUUCCUUUGGUUACAGGCAUUUAUUUCAGCUCCUUGGGUUCGAGCGUGCUCUGAGAACUAUAACAAUAUAAAGACAUAAUCUGAGUUUGUUAAACUCCAAUCCAAAAAUAAAACUCUUCAGCAACAAAUGAAUCUCAUGAAACACAACAUGUGUAAGAUCAACCUUACUACAUAACUGAAAAUGACAUAAACAGAACAGAAAUCAGCCUCAUGAAGUAACGUGAAUAAAAACUUCACUCAUUAGACACGCUCCACACAUUCCUCGUUGGCCACUUCAACUAAAAAGGAGAAAAACACGAUCUUAGGUCGUCUUAUCAUCUUCUUAACAGUGCUUCGCCCUCCGUCUCCAAUGAAUGUAUCAUGUGAACUGCUGACCUCUUCCUAGCAGGUGCUCUAAUUAGUGGACAAACCCUGGGUGUGUCACAACGACAACAAAAAAAGUCCUCCCUUAGCUCUUCAUCAUUUCUUCAUGGAAAUACAAUCAGACCGAGACGCUAAGACAGAAGAACUACCGCGUCUGUAAAAUGAUUAAUAUGGUGAUUAUUACUUCAAGGAAAUGAUAAAGAAAUGAUCAUAAAUGUUCUUCCUUGAGCUGCAGCACCCCGCUGUAGUCCGUAAUGGACUGGCCUGAGGUCUCGCUACAAACAAGCGUCUGCUGGAAGAGAGUAGGUGAGUUGUGUUUAGUCUCUUUGCUAAAGAAAUGAGUCAAAGUUAAAAAGAUGUUUGGUGUCUAGUACUAUGUCUGUGACCCUAUAUAUACUAACCUCAGUAGAUCAGGGUGUAGUUCCGUUCAGUAACAGAAUCUCAUUGGAAAAUUAGCUGAUUUAACUUUACUGUGCUCUUGUUCAAAUAUACUAACUCAACAGCACAUAAAUCUAUACCUGUUAACAAAAUCAUGAUUUUAUUGAUAAUUCGGCUCAAUAAAAACACCUUUACCUUUUCAUUUUACUACAGUAGAAGUUUAUUGGCCCAGCUUAUAGACUACAGAAGUGGAGAAACGCCCCGCUUAAGUUUGUUUUCUUAGGAGUUAGAACAACUCUGAAUAUAGUACUAUGACUGUGACCCUAUAUGUCCUGUUGAUGAAGUUAGGUGCUGUUCUGAGCAUUAUUUGUGGCUAUAGAGUGGCGUUUUGGUUGAGGUUUGUUUAUGGCUCCUCAGACCGCUGUGUAUUUCUAUCCUGCGGUCGUUACUAAAGUUGGUAUAACUAGAGAAGCAAGCGGUCGGCAACAUUCAUCUCUGGAGGGGGGGUCUAACUCGGUGUUACAGUGGGUUUGACCAUAAAGUAAUUAUGCUGGAAUAUCCCUUUAGUGCCCUGAAGAAGGACACGCUCUGCAUGUUUUGGUCCGUCUGAAUUUCACGCUCCUGUGUUUUUCAUUUUCUAAUCAAGUGUCACUGCAGGUAUCUUUAAGGCGGUGAACACCAGCUUCCUUUAAAAACAUGGAGGUGAACAUUUGAGUAGAGUAGUAGGCAGGAGGAGCGCUGCGGUUCCCAGGACUCCUGAGGAGUCUGAGCGGGUCUGUAAACUAUCCAGCUGGCGAGAAGAGGGAAACAUAUGGGACACAGUAUCCAGUAGUUUUGAGAGGAGAUGGAAUCAAGCUGUGAGAGAGGAGAGAAAGAAGAAACUAAAGAAACAGAAGACGUGUUAUCCAAGAGUGGUUACUUUACGAGAAAGAUGUUUUACGCUCAAAAACAGACGUGGGAGGAGGAGGAGGAGGAGGAGAAGGACGAAGAGAAGGAGGAGGAGGAGGAAGGCGUUUUUGUGAAACUCCUGAUCUUAGAUGUAGAGAGCUGGUCCAGAACUAUAAUAAUAGAUUCUCCUCCUGCUGCAGCUUUGUUUCAUGUUCAGUCUGAUCUUCUGCAGCUGACCUCAGUCUUGUUGUCGUUUUUUCAGUAUUUUCAGGAUCUCUUCUUCAGACUCUCUCUCCUCUGUGUUUUCUCUCCUCCCAGGGCGUGGAGGGCACAGGCCUGGCGUUCAUCGCGUUCACCGAGGUGAUGGCCCUGUUCCCCGCCAGCCCCUUCUGGUCCACCCUGUUUUUCCUGAUGUUGCUCAACCUGGGGCUCAGCACCAUGUUUGGGACCAUGCAGGGGAUCCUCACUCCGCUCAUGGAUAACUUCAGCAUCCUGGGCCGCCAUCGGACUCUGCUUACUGGUAACAAGAACUUCCUGUUUAUUUUCAUCGACUAAAUUCUUAAACUGAGAGAAAACUUGGGCAGGUCUUCUUGGACAUAGAAACAUCUCCAUCAUUCACUGGUUUUCUUGGCUCCUCAGUGUCCAGCUGUGGUCUGGGGUUCUUGAUCGGACUGGUCUUUACACAACGCUCUGGAAACUACUUUGUGACGAUGUUUGACGACUACUCUGCGACCCUCCCGCUGGUCAUUGUGGUCAUCUUUGAGACGAUCAGUGUGGCGUGGGUUUAUGGAACUGAUCGGUGAGAAAAUAACUCUUAUUUUUAACCAAACACUUUAUUUACAUUUAUGCACCUCACACACAGAAACUCUCCCUCACUGCAGGUUUCUGGAUGACAUUGAAGUGAUGCUCAACUGGCGCCCCCCAGUGGUUUAUAAGUAUCUUUGGAAGUAUGUUUGCUUGCUGGCGAUGGUCGGUCUUUUGGCAGCCAGUUUGUUACGUAUGGUCUUCAAGAGACCCACGUACACGGCCUGGAACCAGAACACAGUGAGAUCACACACACACACACACGCACACACACACACACACACACGCACACACACGCACACACACACACACAGAAAGACUUCAUUCAGGAACAGCUUGUUUUAUGUCACAUGAACUCUGAGAUUUUGCUUCAUAGAUUUGUUCUCUUCUUUGUUCAUAAACUUAUUUUAAAAAAUGUUUUCAUUUGGUCUCUGAAUAUUUUUCUCUGCAUUAAAACCUUUCUGGUUGGUUUCUACUGUCCGAUAUUGUAGCACGCUAACUUUGUUUGGGCUCCUGAACGACACGGGGGAGCAGCGUCUGCCUCACAACCAAUCAGGUUAGAGGAGGUGGAGAACGGCUUUGUUUACAGUCAGAAAGAGCGGACCGCUCAAAAAUGUUCAAAUGUUGACGACACAGACAUAACAGAACACAGAGAUAUCGAUAUAUUACCAAAGGUCAUCAAUAACUAAUAACUAUUGACUGAUAUUAGAAGAUUUAUGUAUUAAAAGCACAAAAAAAGAUGCUUCUUUCAUGGAUUCUUGCACACCCCACCUUUACUGUUGUUUAAAGUAUUUUUUGUUCCUUUUUUUAAACUUUAACUGAUGGUUGACUCUUCCCCACCCUCUCAUUUUCUCUUUUCAGGCCUCGGAGAUGACCCUGGAGUACCCGGGCUGGGCCCUGGCCAUGAUCAUCAUACUCUUGGUCUUCGCCUGCCUCCCUAUGCCGAUUGGCUACAUCAUCUCCAUGGUGAAAACCCACAGGGGGCGUGACGGCCGCUCCGAGGAGGGGGACAGCCCAGAGGUCCACCGUGAGUUGUACACCAAGUGCAGCUCCAUCGAGCAGCUGGAUCCUGACUCCCAUCACAGAGACGCUCCUGAGGAGGACAGCGCCCUCCUCCGGCCUGUCUUCCUCCCGCUGGGUCAUGAACUGUACCAGCUCCUUCCUCAGCAGGAGGAUGAAGAUGAGGAGCAGGAUACGGGGGUGUGAGCCCGGCUGUUUUUGGGAAGAGAAAACUGUCAAUUGUCGAAUCUCCCAAAGUGUUAGAGCAGGACGCUGCAGACGGAAGAGAGAGCGGUCAAACAACAAUAUUCUCAAUCUGACGAUGAUCAGCAGACUCUAUGCUGAUCAAGUGUUGUAACUAUUUAUAUAUCAUGUAUAUAGCUAGUUAAAGUUUUUUAGAUUUUUGUGGUUAUGAAACUACAACUCCUCCUUUCGGUUAUUUUCUGAAUCUCGAUCAGAAACACUCCCGAACACACACCGAAGGAGAAGCUGCUAUUAUUUUGUGAAUAAGGGAAUUUAUGUAAAGAUGUCAGUUAGAGCGGCGACCGAGCGGCCCCCAGCAUGUCCAAACGGCUUGGUCUCAUCUCCAUUUGCUCGCCUUUCUCUGUGAAAGGUGAAGUAAGUAAGGCGGCGACAGAUGUAUAAACCUUUUAAAAAAGGGUGUUUUCGGUCCACUGUGACGUAUUUGCAUGUAUGUGAAAGUGUUUGUGUGUUUCUUUGUGUUUGAGUUUGUAUUUUUUUAUGUGAAAGAGUUUGGAUGUCAGUAAAAAGACUUUAUUUUGCCUUGUAUUUGUAAUAUUUGACCUCCUUAGACCUCAGAAAUGUUUUUACUUAAUGUGCUGACAGUGUAGCAGUGUUGUAUAAGUGAGGAUUUCAAUAAAACCUCUAAAUGGCAGCAAAAUAA